UCAAACUCUACAAAUGGGGAUGCAGUGAAAAGAGUUUUGAAAAGUUUUGCAGAUGACGAAGAACUCACACAAGGGGAAUAAUCAUUUAUGACUUAAAUGGCGGAAGAACUGUUACAGGGAAACAAUGAAAAACUCACCUCGCAUCUUACAAAGCCUCUGCUGGCAGUGGCUUUCCUGGCCUCAUUUGGCAGCUCUAUGCUCUAUGGCUAUAACUUGGCCGUUGUCAACUCUCCUGCACAGUACAUCAAAGUCUUCUACAAUGAGACAUUAUUAAAAAGUCAUGGCUUGACUCCGGAUGGGCAUCUUCUUACCGUCUUGUACUCUCUUACUGUGUCAAUCUUUGCCAUUGGUGGAAUGACCGGAGCACUGCUGGUGGGCAGACUAGUUACCAAAUAUGGAAGGAAAGGGACUCUGGUGAGAUCCACCACACUUGUUUUUAUGGGCGGAGCUCUGAUGGGCUUUAGCAGAUGGUGCAGAAUUCCUGAGAUGGUCAUCAUUGGGCGUUUCAUCACAGGAGUACACUCAGGGAUUUCUCUCAGUGUGGUGCCGAUGUAUCUCGGUGAGAUCGCCCCUAAGAAUUUGCGAGGCUUCCUGGGCCUCGUUCCCAGCAUUCACAUUUGUCUUGGAGUUUUCAUCGCUCAGGUCCUGGGGCUCUCGGAGAUACUGGGAAAGGAAGAGCACUGGCCUCUGCUGUUGUCUCUUGUGGUGGUUCCUACCAUGGUCCAGCUGAUACUGUUGCCAUGGUUUCCAGAGAGUCCACGAUAUCUGCUAAUAGAGAGAGGAGAUGUGCAUGCCACCAUUGCAGCCCUAAAGUGGUUCCGUACUAAAGGAAACAUUCAGGCUGAGGUUGAAGAGAUGCAGGAGGAGCAACGCUCUUUGUCCUCCAUGCAGACCCUCUCUGUCUGCAGCCUCCUCAUGGACAGCUGUGUCCGCUGGCAGGUCCUCACUGUUGCGGUGGUCAACAUCGGCAUGCAGCUUUCUGGGAUUGAUGCCAUCUGGUUCUAUACAAAUGACAUUUUUAAGAAUGCAGGAAUCCCAGACCCUUAUAUUCAGUACACAACAGUAGGAACUGGGGCCAUCGAGGUCAUCUCAGGGAUGCUGGGGUGUUUCACUAUUGAGCGUCUGGGCAGAAGACCACUGAUGAUUGGUGGUUUCCUUUUUAUGGGACUGUGCUGUGCCGGAAUCACUGUGUCUGUCCUCUUCCAGCCGCAGUUGUCCUACAUGCGCUACAUCAGUGUGGGCUGUGUCAUUGGGAUUAUUGCUGGCUUCUGCAUAGGUCCAGCGGGUGUGCCUUUCCUGAUCACUGCAGAGCUGUUUAAGCAGUCUCAUCGACCGGCUGCGUACACCGUGGGUGGUUGCCUCAACUGGAUGUCCAACUUCACCAUUGGUUUUGUCUUUCCCUUCUUAGAGAUUGCUACAGGUCCUUUCUGUUACCUGAUCUUCUGUGCGGUCUGCUUGGGAGUGGCUGUCUACACCUUCUUCAUCAUUCCAGAGACCAAGAACAAAACUUUCUUGGAGAUCAGCCAGAUGUUUGCCACCAAGAAUGAGAUGUGUGAAGAAGAGCUGUAUCCAAAUAGUGAACUAAAAAUGGCUCUGAUGAACGGCUAUGGAACCCUCGACUUCCAUGACAAAAAAUAGGAAUUCAGCCAGUUGAAUAGGAGCUCAACCAACACUGUCAGUGGUACAGACGAGGAACUGUCAGAUCAGCUGCUUCGUGCAAAUUGUCACUGCAUACAGUUAUGGUCAGAAGUUUACACACACUCAUCAUGGGCAUGAAUGUCAUGGUAAUUUUGGACUUUUAAUGACUCCUUUGAAUUGUUCUUUUUUUAAGGUUGGAAUGAUUGUAUGGCAAACAUUUUUAAUGCUUUUAGAAAAUAUGAACUGGGGACACAGUUGUGAAUUCAUGUUGUAUUUUCUCAAAUCCACUCAGAAUUAAAAGUAUGCGUACAGACUCAAAAAUAUACAUAUAUCCCCACUAAUAUUUGAUUAAAUGUCCUUUAGUGGGUUGGACCUUUUGUAGAUGUCUUUGGUAACCAGAUUAUGCUUCUGUCAUAACUCCUACUGGACAUUUGAUCUUUCUUCUUGAUAGAACUGGUAGAUUUAAUUUAAACUGGUUUCUUGAUGUGGUAAUGGCUUUUAACCAUAGUCUGUGGAGGAGGUGGGGGCUUUGGGAAGGCCAUUCCAGAAGCUUAAUGUUAGCAUCCUGUAUCCAUUCCAAAACCAGUUUUAAUGUGUGUUUGGGAUCAUUGUCCUGUUGAAACACCCAACUGUGUCAAAGUUUUAACUGAAGAAUUUGACAGUAGUUCUUCUUCAUUAUCCCGUCCACUAUGUGCAAGGUACCAGUACUACUGACAGCAAAACAGCUUCUGAGCAUGAUGCUACCACCACCACACUUACAGUUGGUGAAGUGUUCUUAGGCUUUGAAAGCCUCACCUUUGCUCCUCCAAGCACACCUCUUUUGGCCAAUUUGCUCAGUCUUUGUCUAAUCUAGCCAUAAAACCUUUCUCCAGAAGGCAUUUGGCUUGUCCGUGUAGGCAGCUACAUAUUUUAGUCAAGCUUGAAGGUGUCAGUUUUGGAUCACCCCCAAAUUCCUUCGACUUUGCCGUUGUUCUGAAUAUCGGUCAAUCCAAUGAAUGCUGUCAAACAAAUCCUUUUUAUACUGGCGAAGAGAAACUCCCAGCUGUAGUCGAUCAUGAUCACUAACAAGAAGUUAACAGACCUUGGCCUUGUCAAGUUCAGAGAUCACAGCACAAACACAUCCUCUUCCAAAUACACAUGCAUGCAAACUUUAUAUAGAGUAAUUAGUUAGUAUACCGCUGAAGAAUCUUGUAUAGUAGCUGCACAAGAUUGCUCAGUCAAUUUUUAAUGCUUUAUCAUUUACAAGACACAAAAAUAUAUCUGACCCUGAAUUUCUUUUGUCUGUUUGUUCUUUGUUUUUUGCCUAUAAUAACAAGCAAACAUACAAAACAUUAAUAUGAGAAAAAUUCCAUUCAUAAACUCAGAACUGCAUUUCUACUUUAACAUCAAGCCCUAAGCAGCACCUCUGAGUUAGCACAAUACUUUGACUUCUUUUGGGGGCUAUAUUUGCUUCACAUUCAUUGAGCUGAUGUGAUGCUGGAAAAGGACUCCCACACUUAGAAAAUUAAAAUCAAGAGAAAUAUUGUGUGGCAUCAUUGCGUCUCACCAAAACUACCAUAAAGCUAACACAACAACACUUGCUAUUACAGCACGAGCAAAAAUGAAUUAUGAAAAUAAUACACAAAUAAAACUGAGAUUUUCAAACUGCAACCAAAAUCAUUCCCAACACUGACAUAAUGGAGAAAAGUUGCAAAAGGAGCUAUUCACACCAAAGGGCAACAACAGAACUCAAACUUUGGCCUGAAAGGCAGGUAAAUGCUGCCCAGUAAGUUAAAGCUUUAAUAAAGGCAGGAUUAUUCUGAUUCUUAUUAUUGGUUAAUAAAUCAUUCAUUAUCUCUAGAAUUUAGUGGUUUACAGAUCUGCCUAACAAGUAAAGACACCCUAGUUUUAUCCCGUGAGGAGACAAAAAUCCCUUUGAGACUGCAUCAGGAGAGGCCUCCUGUGCAACAAUCUGCCAAAUCAAAAAAAUGCAUAGCUAUCCACUUUGGCGACCAUGUGUUAAUAAAGUAGCAGCUGAAAGGAGCUUUAUUGGCAAAUAAAUCAUUCAACAGUAAGGUUCACAGUUCAUUCUUGGGUUUGUAAUAGCAGUUUAGAAAACAUUGUCACCACAAUGUCUAUUUAGUUGCAGAUCUAAUUUCAUCAAAUAACAUCAUUUUUUAUCAACAGGGAGACUGUCGUACACAGCAGGCAUCUAACUGUUCAAUAUGGGCAACAAGUGCUCAGAAAAAAACAUACUACAGUACUGCAUGCACUAAGGAAGAUUUUUAUAACUGAAGGGCAAAUAAACAGACCUUACUUACUUUACAAGUGUUUCACAGAUAUAAGCUAUUAAGAAAAAUGUUAAUAGCUGUCAAAUUUGGCUGGUGUUUCUCCUGCAGAUGGUAUGUAGCUAUUAAAAUUAAUGUUUUGGUAAUGCUAGCAAGUUUAGUUAGCGACGUGCAUUCACAGGCUCUAUGGGUAAAUUACAGAUAGUUGUUAACUAAGGAUAGUCGUUAAAUACUAGAAUGUUACUCAAUAAAAUUUGGAGUACAGACUAGAGUAAAAUUACCUGCAAAGCAAGUGCUCUAAGAGGUCUGAAAUCACAAACAUAACAAAGAGGUCCAGUUUGAUGUCUCGAAUUAGAUCAUAUGUCUGCAGACAGCUACCAGCUAUUGCUGUUUUUUCUCAAUGGGGAAAUUAAUAAGCAAGAACAAAUAUUUUAUUUUGUUAGUUUUACUCUAAUACUGCAUGUGCUAACAUAGGUGUCUGUGGUGACUGACUCUCCUUUGAAGUCAACCUCAGAUUUAGUUAUUAAAAUAAAAAGUGAUCUCUGGCUGAUGACACGGAGGCAGCAUGUAUUAGUCAAAAUGUUGUUAUGACAUUGUAAAUCAAACAAAGUGUUUUAUUAUCUACCUCUGGUUCCGUCAUUCUGCGAAAGUGUGUCAAUUAAAAUGUU